UCCUCCGCCCCCCCCCAUCCGCUGGCUCCGACUCCCCGCGCGGGUUUCCUGGUUAAGAUGGCGUCCCCCGUGGCAGCGCACGCCGGGAAACUUCUGCGAGACCUGGCGCUCCGGCCGGCGUUCCUGUCAGCCCGGUCCCAGGCAGUUCAAUUAACCUCCAGAAGAUGGCUGAACCUACAGGAAUACCAGAGCAAAAAACUGAUGUCUGACAAUGGAGUGAGAGUUCAGAGAUUCUUUGUAGCAGACACUGCAGAUGAAGCUCUUGAGGCUGCUAAGAAACUAAAUGCAAAAGAAAUUGUUUUAAAAGCCCAGAUCUUAGCUGGAGGAAGAGGAAAAGGUGUCUUCAAUAGCGGUUUGAAAGGAGGUGUUCAUUUAACAAAAGAUCCUAAUGUUGUGGGACAGCUGGCUAAACAGAUGAUUGGAUAUAAUCUAGCAACCAAACAAACUCCAAAAGAAGGUGUGAAAGUUAACAAGGUGAUGGUUGCUGAAGCCUUGGACAUUUCCAGAGAAACCUACCUGGCGAUUCUGAUGGACCGGUCCUGCAAUGGCCCCGUACUGGUGGGCAGCCCCCAGGGGGGCGUUGACAUUGAAGAGGUGGCCGCUUCGAAUCCAGAACUUAUUUUUAAGGAGCAAAUUGACAUUUUUGAAGGGAUAAAGGACAGCCAAGCUCAGCGGAUGGCAGAGAAUCUAGGCUUCCUUGGGCCUUUGAAAAACCAGGCUGCAGAUCAAAUUAAGAAGCUGUAUAAUCUCUUCUUGAAAGUUGAUGCUACUCAGGUGGAAGUGAAUCCCUUUGGUGAAACUCCAGAAGGACAAGUUGUCUGUUUUGAUGCCAAGAUAAACUUUGAUGACAACGCAGAAUUCCGACAAAAGGAUAUAUUCGCUAUGGACGACAAGUCAGAGAAUGAGCCCAUUGAAAAUGAAGCUGCCAGAUACGAUCUAAAAUACAUAGGACUGGAUGGGAACAUUGCCUGCUUUGUGAAUGGUGCUGGGCUCGCCAUGGCUACUUGUGACAUCAUUUUCCUUAAUGGUGGGAAGCCAGCCAACUUCCUGGAUCUUGGUGGCGGUGUAAAGGAAGCUCAAGUAUAUCAAGCAUUCAAAUUGCUCACAGCUGAUCCUAAGGUUGAAGCGAUCCUUGUCAAUAUUUUUGGUGGUAUCGUCAACUGUGCCAUCAUCGCCAAUGGGAUCACCAAAGCCUGCCGGGAGCUAGAACUCAAGGUGCCCCUGGUGGUCCGGCUUGAAGGAACCAAUGUCCAAGAGGCUCAGAACAUACUCAACAACAGCGGACUGCCCAUCACUUCCGCUGUCGACCUGGAGGAUGCAGCCAAGAAGGCUGUGGCCAGUGUGUCCAAGAAGUGACAUCUUCAUUCUGAUCCGUUGGGGAAAGAAGUCCAUUUCUCCAUAAGAAGGGAUGGUUCUCUCAUCACUUUGAAAGAAAUGGUUAUCUCAUUGGGGGGAAAAUAAGGGGAAGGCAAGAACAAGAAUCACCGUAUGAAAAAUCCUAAAUCUGUAUUUUCUUGAAUAAGAUAUCUAGACAGCUUAAAUCUGAUUUUACUUAUAGUAAAAAUAUAAAAAUAAUGUCCUGUGUUCUCAUACUUUUCUAUCAUGGCAAGCCUGCUCAGUAUGCAGUGUUUUACUGACCUCGGAGUAGUCAAUGUGGCUAAAUAAUGUGUGUAUAUACAGAAUUUGAAAUCAGGCCCUGGUUCACUUACAAAGAUUUUGGUGAACAUCUAAUCCUAUAUAAUAGAACAAAUCACAGGCUACAAAAAAUUCAGAUAAGAUGACAUUUAACAUAUUAACUACCAAAAAGGCACAGCUAAGACAGUCAAGCAAAUAGCUAUUACACACUGCAGCAGUUUUUACAAGUUUCUAAUUCCAGCAUAUGUUUUACAAUGGAAGGUCUGCAUUAAUAUAUCAUAUAUGUAUUUUACCAUUUGCCUUAAUAUCAGAUAUGCUGUUUACCUCACACUAAAAGCCAGAAGCCUUAUUUGUGAUUUUGGAAUAGAAGUUUCCAUUUUAAUGUUACAAGUGAAGAAUGCUGAUUCUUAUAGAAAUCUCUGUAAUUAAGUCAUUUCAAGGUGAGACAACACUGAAGAUCAAAUUAUAUUGACUAUCAGUAUCUUCUCUCCUCUCCCGUAUGCCCCACUCCCCACUCCCUGGAAUUUACCAGUUUGUGGUAAAAAAAUGAAAAAUGUAUUUAAGUGGAAUGUGGCUUUUUAUCAUGGUGUCCAUUUUUGUGGUGGGAAAAAUUUUGAAUUAGAUUUUUGUUUAAAUUUUGGUACAUUUUUAUCUGUAUACAAAUUUAAAUAAAAUCCUGUUUCGUAAUCUCUAA